AUGGACGAAAAGAAAUCGACGCGUCACGGUCCGGAUGGGGCCACGGCCGACCUCUCGCCCAGCGACCGCUCCUCGUCCUCGUCCCCGACCUCGCCAUCGCCCACACCCGCUCGCAGCCCCACCGACGUCGACGCCCACCAUCCGACGAAGGUGGAGGGGGCGGAAAUCGGCUCGACGCGCGACGGAAAGCUGACACGGUGGCUCAAACGCUUGGGCGACCUGCCCGAAUACGGCCUGGGAUCCCGCGGCAAGCUUCAAGGGCCUCCCCUCAACUGGGCAAUAGGCAUCAUCGCAUCGAUUGGAUUCUUCAGCUUUGGAUACGAUCAAGGCGUUUUGGGAAGCCUCGUCACGCUGGACGACUUCCAGCGGUCGAUUCCGUUGAUGACGCCGUUUACGACGUUCAACGCGGUCUGUUUUAUUGGGGAUCCGGCGGAUGGCGUGCGGGAUCCCGCCAACUGCCGGGGCGAUCCGAACACGCAGGCGGCUGCGAUUGCCGUGUACCAGAUCGGGUGCUUCCUGGGCAGUCUGCUGGUGCUCUUCUACGGCGAUGCGUGGGGGCGGAGGUCGUCGACCUUUUGGGCGUCGUGGGUCAUGAUCAUUGGCACCGUCUUCCAGGCGGCGGCGACGGAGCCGGCCAGCUAUGCGCUCAUGAUCGUCGGCCGUGUCAUUGGCGGCGUCGGCAACGGCAUCGUCACCUCGACGAUUCCCACCUGGCAGAGCGAGUGCGCCAAGCCGGCUCAGCGCGGUAUUCUGAUCCUGCUCUCGGGAUGCUUGAUUGCCGGCGGCAUCGCGAUCAGCUACUGGGUCGACUACGGGUUCUACUUCCUCGAGGGCACGGUACGAUGGCGCUUCCCGAUCGCCUUCCAGUCGUUCUUCACGCUGAUCGUCAUCGCGGGCAUCCUCUGGCUGCCCGACAGCCCGCGGUGGCUGCUGAUGCGCGGGCGCACCGACGAGGCGCGCGACGUGAUUGCACGCUUCGCCGGCCUGCCCGAGGACGACGAGCGGGUCGAGGCCGAGAUGCACAGCAUCCAGGAGGCCCUCCACGUCCAGAACGCCGGCGGCGGCUUCAGGCUGCGCGAGCUCCUGACCAACGGGCCGUCGCAGAACCUGCGCAGGCUCAUCAUCGCCUGCCUGGCCCAGUUCUUCCAGCAGAUCGGCGGCAUCAACCUUGUGACCUACUACGCCACGCUGCUGUUCGAAGACUCGCUGGGCUUCAGCCCGGACAUGUCACGCCUGCUCGCAGCGGCCAACGGCACCGAGUACUUCCUCGCCGCCCUCGUGGCCCUGCCUCUCGUCGAGCGCACGGGGCGACGGACGCUCAUGAUCGUCGGUGCGGCGGGUAUGGCGGGCAGUAUGGCCGUGCUGGCGGGCAUGGUCUCGACGGGCACCCAGGGGCCCGAGGGCGCGCCCAUCCUCGACACGGCACCAGGAGUGGUGGCCACCGUGUUCCUCUUCGUCUUCAACUCGUUCUUCGCCCUGGGAUGGCUCGGCAUGACUUGGCUCUACCCCGCCGAAAUCUCGUCGCUGCGCACCCGGAUCAGCGUCAACGCCCUCUCGACGUCGACAAACUGGCUCAGCAACUUCCUCAUCGUCAUGAUCACCCCGCCCGGCCUCGCCUCGCUCGGCUGGCGCAUCUACAUCAUGUUUGCCGUCUUCAACGCCGCCAUCAUCCCCGCCGUCUUCCUCCUGUUCCCGGAGACGCGUUCCAGGAGCCUAGAGGAGAUCGAUCUCGGCUUCGCCUCGGCCCACGCAAAGCGCAUCAGCCCCGUCAGGGAGAGCCUCAAGAUGCCCAGGUACGAGGGCAGGCAGCUCGACGCCAAACUCGCAGAGUACUUUGGCGGCAGUCGUCCCGCCGCCGUCGAGACAGGGGCAGCGCCGAGCGGCGUCGAGCAGACAGCCAGCAAGGCCUGA